UUCCACUGCCUUUUCAUGACGCUGUAGAAGAUCUUUGACAGAAGGAGAAGGAGAACGUGUAUCCUAGAAAGAAGCGUCACAUUGUGUGACGUCACGUUCUCAGGUUAACUGUUGUCGAACUGCAUGUCCAUAUGGCCGUGACUUACUUUUUAUUGGAAAAGCCGAUCAGUUUUAACUGAAAGUUAAAUGAAUUUAAAUGCAACCUAAGCCUGAAAAACGGCCAACACAAGGACAUACACCUGAUCAGCCAGAACAUAAUGGCCAGGUACCUAAUAGCCAGUAUCUCCGCCUUUUGCAUGGAUAACAGCGGUGAUGCAUCAUGGCAUGGAAACAGUGAGGCCUUGAUAACAAUCCAGACAGUUAAGCAGAGUGAAGGUAGUACUUCCAAGACCUUGAAUGCACAAGUAGGGAUGAUGACACAUGAUCCAGAGUGCACUGAAAUGCACAUGCCCAGUUUGGAGAACUUCUGCAGUGUAUGAAAUUAAAGUUUGUUCCAGUUGUGAAUAUGGAUGCUGGACAUGUCAUCCUUGAAUUUGAACGAAGUCGUUGAUGUCAUUCCCGGACAUGGAACAUUGCUAUCUCACAAUGCCAUGUGGAGUGAAAAAAAGUAUGGCAGUUCACUGAUUUUAGAAUAUCGUUCCUAAGUUGUGAUUUGGUCUUGAAAUGAAAAUGGCAUCACAUGUCCCCGGAAAACGUAAAUGGGACAUAUCACUGAGUGAAAGACUACAGAAAUGCCCACACAUUGGGGAGAGUGAAACAGAAAAUAAUGACUGUCAAGAAGUUUUUUGUGUGGGCAGUGACUGUGAAAUGGAUGAUGUUGACUGUAUUUUUGUGUCUGAAGAAAUCACAGAAAAGAGAGGUCAAAAUCAUGCUUGCCUGUCACCUGGAGCAAUGAACCUUCCAAAGGCUCCCAGACCUAUUCAAGAGCUUUAUGGUUGCUCAUGCAGGAUAGAACGAAUAUGGAGCAUGAGCAGUGUGUGUUACUCAAGGACUGAAGAAAACUUGGAGGAGUUAAUACCAAUAGAAAUUCAUUGUGGACCUGAGGAAAUUACCAUUGAUGAUGACAGCAAUGAUGGUGGUGAUCAUGAUGUUACAAUAGUGGAAUCUAUCCAGUCAUCACAGAAUCUAUCACAUGAAUUAAGUGAAAACACCUCAUUAACAAAAAAACAAACAUAUACAGGGUGUAUCAAUGAGAGGUCUUUCAGUGACCAAGCACCAGAACCAUGCACCAUUCAGGCUGAUGUAUCCUAUGUCUCAGCAACAAAUGACAGAGUUUUUGGUGAACUUAGAACCCUUGUGAAAUUCUCAGGAGGAAAUUCAGUGUCCUCAAGUAUGAAAGCUGGUGUCAUGUGUGGUAUCAGUAACAAAGGAAACAGAGGUGUUGAAAGAGUUCCAGUGCAUGCAGUUUCUACAAGUGAAAUGCUGAGAGAUAGCUACACAAAGGCAGGGGGGAAAGAGUCAUCAGCUAGAAAACACCAGACGUUCAGUAAUGGGAAUGUAACUGAAUCUGCUCCAGUUCAGCGUGUGCCUUUGCAACAACUGUUGCAACAGGGUUUAUCAGUACUUGGUGCACCACCAGGAACCACAAACAUGCAAGAGGAAGUGGAACACAAGCAACAGUGGCCAUCCCCUCUCCUUUCUAAAGAACACUUAAAUCACACACUGCAACAGAGAUUUUCUGUAGUGAACCCAGUGACAAAAACUACUUCUGCACGAGAGAAACAUCCAUAUCAGUCAUCACAGCAGCAGAAUGCAGACAUGAUAGAAAAUACAUAUGAUUUAAGGUUGCCUGAUAAGGAGGGAAACAAAAUUUCAGACACAGAAUCCAUGUGCCAGUGUUCUGCAGACAGCCCAACCUCCUCUUCUACUCCAGAGAGAAACUUGUUGUGUACGUCUGUUUCCACAAUGAGUUCUAUGGACUCUGACAACAGUGUUUCAGAUCGUACUGAGGGAGAUGCGGAACAGGACGUUAUUCCUGUUAGAAAUGUCUUCAUUGAAGAAAGCCAUCUUCCUCCUUUGGGUGUGAUAAAUCACCCACCUAUAGCUGUAGGAGAUUCUGCAUAUAUCAUGAAGGACAUAAGACACCCAUGGGUUCUUGCGACAGUACAGGAUAUUGUGCCACAAAAUAAUCAGACAUUUUACACAGUGGAGUUCAUGAAUUCUAAAAACAACAUGAAGAAAAUAAAAAAAGUUUCAAGCUUUCAGCUAGCGUAUACCAAGGUGCAAUAUUUUCGUUUUUCUGUUGGUCAUCGCAUUAUUUCUAUUUUCCGGGAUGGAAUUUCAGAUGAAGAGUAUUAUCCUGGUGUGAUUGCAGAACCACCAAAGUCCAUAAAUAAUUACAGGUCUUUUUCAUUGGGUUCCAUGAGGUAUCUAAUAUUUUUUGAUAAUGGUGGCUGUCAAUAUGUGAAACAUGAAGAUAUACGUCUUGUUGUGGAAAGUUCUCAAAGUGUGUGGGACGAUGUUCAAAUGGAGAUUCGAGAUUUUGUUAAGAAUUAUCUGGAGAAGUACCCAGAGAGAGUUUUGCUUAAGGUGCAAGGAGGACAGUAUGUCAGUACUGAGUGGAAUGGGAGUUGGUACAAUGCAAAAGUUUUAGCAGUAAAUGCCUCUCUCGCUCAAAUGUCUUUCCCACAUAGUGGAAAACAUGUAGAAUGGAUCUAUAGGGGAUCUGCCCGCUUUUAUCCACUUUUUCAGGCUCAUAACAGGACUUCUAAGGAGCAGUUUGCACGCUCAAAAUUGUUUACAAGAAAGCGAGGUGAUCCAUAUAUUCAGUACACUCUGGAAGAGGAAGAACAAUUGGACAAAGAGAUAAAAGAACACUUACCAGCCAUAGAGAUAUUUGAGCCAAUGCAUCAUUCCUCAGCUCAAAUGAGCAUAUCAUCUCAGCUAAAAGCCUGGUAUCCACAUUUACAUUCUGCAGUAAAAGCUCCUAAAUGGGUUACCUAUAAAAUGCACAAGUGUCAGCCUUCAUGUCUGGUUGCAAGUACUGGAAAAGAUUGUGCCAGAUUUCGGAACCUUCUCAGUCAUCUUUCAGAACCAAUGUUACACGACUGGACGAGGGAGAAGGUGAAACAUUCUGAUUAUGUCUCUGUGUACUACAGAGCUCCCUGCAAGCGUAGGUUACGUAAUAUUGAGGAGCUGCAUAAAUACCUGUUGAAAACUAAAUCCAAAAUGACUGUUGACCAGUUUGACUUUGAUCAUUGGGUGAGGUGCUUCACAGAAGGGACUAAUGAGAAGUACUUCAUAAAAAUCGAGGAUAUCUCAAAUGGAGUAGAAGCUGUUCCUGUUCCCUGUAUUAAUACAGUUGACUCAAGGAAACCAGAUAAAUUUAUGUAUGUCACCAAAUAUGUGCCUACAAAUGGAACAUACAUUGAAACAGACACAGAAUUUCUCACAUGCUGUGACUGCACUGAUGACUGCCUGGACAAGAAAAAAUGUACUUGUUGGCAGCUUACAAUGGAAGGAGCUAAAUAUAACCCAGAAAAUAUGCUGUUCAGCCAAGAGGGUUACAACUACAAACGUCUGUAUGAGCCACUCAUAACAGGCAUCUAUGAAUGUAAUUCACGAUGUAAGUGCUCAUCAACUUGCCUUAACAGGCUGGUUCAACUUCCCAUGAAGUGUAAGAUUCAGGUUUUCAUGACUCCUAACCGUGGAUGGGGAAUACGGACUCUUCAUGACACACCAAAAGGCAGUUUCAUCUGUUUAUAUGCUGGGCUUGUAGUUCCAGAAAAAGUGGGAGACACUUUGGCAAAAGAAGCUGGUGAUGAAUAUCAAGCAGACUUGAAUUACAUAGAAGAUGCAGAAGAAGUAAAGGAAAACUAUGAGGAGAAUCCAUAUGGAAGUGAAUUAGAGGAGGACUGUGGCAAAAGGAAGAACUCAAAACACAGAGAACAAAUCACAAUUUCACGGAAGUUAACUGGCAAGAGGUAUAGAAUUGUGGCACCGUCUGCAAGAGUUCUGUUUGGCCGAAAUGGAAGAUAUAUCCUGGAUGCUAAAACCUGUGGGAAUUUAGGUCGAUUUAUCAAUCAUUCGUGUAAUCCAAACAUGUUUACCCAGAAUGUCUUUGUGGAUACACAUGAUCUCCGACUACCAUGGGUGGCUUUCUUCACCAAUUCAUUUGUGCCAGCCAGUACAGAGCUGACAUGGAACUAUGGUUAUGAUGUGGGCAGUGUUCCAGACAGAAAGCUCAUUUGCAAAUGUGGUGAGCCAAAUUGUCAAGGCAGGUUGCUAUAAAUAGUUGUUUGUUGUUGUUGUUGUUGUUGUUGUUGUUGAUAAGGGAGAUCUGUAAUUAUUUAUUAUUUCAUAAAGUCUGAGCAUAAAAUGAACAAGUAUUUUUGUUUAACUGUUUCAGUACAAUUUAAGUAAAAUGUAUACUGAUGAAAUGGAAAUAAAUUUGUGUCUAUAGUAACAAAGAUUCCUUUAUUUGCCCCAUGGCAUGUCUUGGCUUUGAAGAUACAGUGAGUGAAUGCUUAUAAAUAUUUUCAGUGUUCAUUAUCCUGUAUUGUGCCACUCAUUAUUGGCAUAGAGUAUUAUUAAAAGCUGUUAAUAGUUGCAUUACUUUUGAAUGUUUGGCCACAUUUCUAUGUCCCCCAAAAGUAUAUGACUGGCUUCUUGAAAAGUGUAUGUAAUGUAAUUUGUACCUUUUCUCUGAAAAUAUGUAUUAAUUAAUGAAACUGUAAACUGAUUAGUAAAUUAUUUGUGUAACAGUGCAUUCACAAUUAAACUGGUAUAUAAAAUGUGCAAAAUGUUGACAUACAUGAAAUGCAUUCACCGUUGCAAAUAUGGAUAACCAUCUGCUGUAUAAUGGAAGACAUAUGAGAAGGCAUUGUAAUAUCAUAAAUUUUUAGAUGCUCAAGAAAUCUACUCUGGCAUUAUAGUAAAAGAAACAUUCAGUUUUCUGGAGAUAUCAGCAAUGAAUUUUCACUCAGUGUUUCAAAGAUUACCACAUUUGCAUGGUUAGUAAUAGAAUGAUAUCUUACUUCUGAUCAGUAUACCUUUUUGUCAUAAUUCUUCUAACUGGUUUGAUUUGGCCUGCCUCUUCCAUGGCAACAUCUUCAUCUCUGAGUUGCACUUACUUCCAUUGUCCUUAGUUGUAUGUUGUAUACAUUCCAGUCACUGACUUAUUACAGGCUCCAUCUAUUUUAUUCUCUGAGGUGUAUACACAUGUUAUCAUCAUAUUCCUACAUCUACUCAAGACAGUCUGUCCCUUUCCAGAGCACUAGAUAAACCUAAUAGGCCAGCAAUGUGAAAAUAAAUAGGAAAAAACCAAAAUCACAAAUUCUGAAUAGCGAUGCAAUAAGCCUGCAGAAUUAUUUCAUGUGUCUUAACAUUUAGCAGUUGUUAACAAUAUGUGUGACACUUUACAAUAGCAUUUCAGAGUAUCAUAUUUCUAUUUUUUCUUGUCAUCUUCAUACACUACUGUUAAGCAAUCUUAACUUCUACUACUUACUCUGUGCAUGACACACACAAAAGAAAUGUGUUAACAAAUGUGUGGUAACAGUGAAAUACUGCACAAGUAAUUGAUUGUUCAACUAAACUGUUCACCUUCAACUGUUUGUAUUAAUAUGAAUCACAAGAAAGUCAUCACAUCAUAAUGUGUUAAUUACAGAAAUAUUGUCAUUAAUGUGGCUUUUUCAAAUGCAACUAUAGCAAUUUCUAUUCCAAGUAUUGUAGUUCUCAAAGAGAUGAAUUUAACUGACAGUUUUGGAGAAAAGCAAUUUUUAGAAUACUGGAUGUAUAUCCUUGCCUCUGAUCUCUGAUGACGUUACAUUGACAUUCUUAUAAUACUUUUAUUCAUAAUAAGAAUAGUUAAGAUUUGGAAUGUUAGUUAAUCUAAUCACAAAGUUGCUGUCAUGAGUACAAGAAACAAAGUUGUAAAUAAAUCUAUGUGCUGUGGCAUAGAGGAACUAGUUAUUGUAUGCAUAUAUUUUUGUAAUGGUUAAUUAAUUCAUUGUAUGUGCUUCACUUGUGAUUUUACUUAUUGCAUGGCCAAGUUAUGAUGUCUUUUGUAGUUACAUUUUGAAACAAUGCCUAUAAAUAAACUUUACAAACAAA